AGCAGUUAGAGGCUCAUAAGCUGCGUUUCCACACAGAGCCACAAUAGUUACUGCUCAUCGUUCAUUCUUCAACUCAUCAAACGGAGAGAGUAUUAGCGACGGGAGAGCAGCUGAGAAGCUGCCGUUACAGGAUCAGAUAUGCUUGGAGGCAUCUCCACACAUUUGUUGGUCACAGUGACUCUAGUCUUUGUUAUCCAGACAGGGACUCAGUGCAGGGCUGAAAUUGACUUCUCACUAGUUACUUUACCAGAUUGGAGGACAAAUUCAGAAUAUGUUACACAGUGUUUCUACGACAGACACAACCAUCUGAUUUGUGACUGGAACCAACUAACAGAGGAUGGCAUGGUGACUGUUUUAGAGAGUGGUCCACUAAGGCUGGAGGGCGAGGCUUGUCUAGAGUUUUGGUACUUAUCACCAGUUGCAGCUGAUGGGUCAGAACUUCGUGCUCUGCUGAAUACAAGCGUUGGUCUGCUAGAAAUCUGGACCUUGCCUGCCCUCCCCAGGGAUGCUUGGAGACAAGCGUUUGUCCCCUUGGACAUCAUCGAACCAGGGACUCAGGUCGUAGUGGAAGCAGUGUCCAUGGAGGGACAGGUCACAUUUAACCGGAUGGGUGUAAGGAGAGGCUCAUGUGGACCCCAGUGUGAAUCUGACUCAGAGUUCUGGACAGAUGAGUCCACCCGCUGCCUCUGUUCUGGUGGCCAGCUCUCUUGCUUUCCCUCUCAGUGCCCUAAGGGCCAAAUCUGCAGUCCUCAAAUAGGCAGAGCCAGGGGGAUUUCGCCCUCGGGGACUUGCACUAUACACAGUCACACAGACUGCAGCACUUUUGAUGGAAAGGUGUUCCGCUUCAUGGCCCCCUGCACCUACACACUGGCUAAGAGCUGCUCACCCUCUGAGGCCAUGCCCAUGUUCAGUGUGGAAGUGGUCAAUGAGCAGAACCGGAACUCAUCUCUGCCGACUGUGCAGCAGGUCAAUGUGCACAUGGGGAACUUCAGAGUGUCCCUGCUGAAAAAGCAGACGCACCGGAUUGUGGUUAAUGGGGUCUGGAAGAAGCUUCCACUGACACUCGGCGGUGGAACUGUCAAAAUCAAGAGCAACCCCGCUGCUGUUGAACUGAAAACCAGUUUUGGUCUUUUGGUCUCUUACGACAAAACCGGUGCUGUCCAUGUCACCCUGCCGUCCGCUUACUCUGAUAAAGUCUGUGGCUUGUGCGGAAACUACAACCACGUCAGAGGAGACGACUUCAGAAAGCCCGAUGGAACACUCGCCCAAGAUGCUACAGAUUUUGCUGAGAGCUGGCAGUCCGGGCAAGCCACCUCCUCCUGUGAAACCAUUCUAUUACCUCAUCAGUGUGACCCACUGGAGUUGACCGAGUAUGCCAGUGAGCAGUACUGUGGAGGCCUAAUCUCUAGCACUGGGCCCUUUGCUGACUGCCUAUCAGUUCUGGGGGCAGAGAGCUACUUCAGGGGCUGUGUGGUCAGCAUGUGCUCUACCCAUGGUGACCCAGCAGUACUAUGUGAGGCAUUACAGGUGUACGCUGAUAUCUGCCAGGAGGCUGGAGUCUCCUUUCCCAUAUGGAGGAACUCUACUUUUUGCCCCCUACAGUGUGGUGAGAACAGCUAUUAUAACUCAUGUGCCGAUGGCUGUCCCGAGGUAUGCUCCAGUCUGGAUCUGGUUGGCUCUUGUGGAAGCUGUGAGGAAAAAUGCGAGUGUGACUCUGGCUUUAAGCUCAGUGGGGGGAAGUGUGUCCCAGCAGAGGACUGUGGGUGCUGGUAUUAUGGAAAGCACUAUGAGAAAGGAGCAACAUUCUCGGAGGGAGAGUGUGAGCAACAGUGUCAGUGCAUGGGUAAUAAUGACGUGCAAUGCAUCACAAUGCAAUGCGCAGACGAUGAGGUUUGCAAGGUCACGGAUGGGGUGAAAGGCUGCUUCCUUUUCAAACCUGCCACCUGCAGGGUGUAUGGUGAUCCACACUACAUCACCUUUGACGGGAUGGCAUAUGACUUUCAAGGGGGCUGCAGUUACACGCUGACUACCACAUGUGGAAAAGAAAGCUCAGUCCAGUUCUCUGUUAUUGGACACAACAUGCACCCUGCCCUUCAGAACUUCACCCGAUCCAAGCUUGAAGCUGUGUCUCUUCAGGUUGAGGAUCUAUACCUCACCCUGAACCAGAGUGGAGAGGUCUAUUUGGAUAAUAGCAGCAUCCAACUCCCCUAUUCCACCACUGGUUCAUACGGCUCAGUAUGGGUCUACCUGAAGAAAAACUAUAUUAUCUUGGAGACAACCUUUGGCCUCAGAAUGACGAUAGAUGCACAGAACAGACUCUUCCUGCAGGUGGAUGAGCGCUACAAGUAUGAACUGUGUGGACUGUGUGGCACCUACUCUGAACACCAGGACGAUGACUUUGUAGAACCAGGAGGCCAAAAUUCUACUGGUCCAUUUGAGUUUGGCGACAGCUGGAAGGUGCCAGGCGAUAAUGAGUGUAUUUCCCAUCCAAAUGAUCCCACAUUCUGUGAUUAUGAUGAAGAGAAUGAGGCCUACAAUGAGUGUUACACCCUACUAGGGGAUGCCUUCAAACCCUGCAAUGAACUCAUUCACCCAAACAUUUACCUCAAAAGUUGUGUGUAUGACUACUGCGCCACCAGUGGUGACCAACACACCCUAUGUGAAUCUCUCAAGUCCUAUGCAGCAGCAUGCCAGGUUGCAGGAGUGGAGCUGCCCGGCUGGCAGACAAACACAGCCUGUGCUGACCCCACAACUACUGCAACUUUUCCAACAUCUCCAACUCCUACCUCUACAAAACCAGAUCAGACUCUCUGUCCCAUAAACUGUGACUUUGAAAAAAAUCUGUGUGGGUGGGAGCAACUCGUACAGGACAGUUUUGAUUGGAAAAGACAUUCAGGACCCACCCCAUCAAGCUUAACUGGACCAAACCAAGACCACACCACUGGAGCUGGUUUCUACAUCUAUAUUGAGGGAAAUAGUGUAACCCAUGGAGAUUCAGCUCGUCUAUCAAGUUCAAUGUGCCAUUAUAAUGGCCCACUCUGCCUGCACUUCUGGUACCAUAUGUAUGGUUCAGCCACAGCCAUGGCCCUGAAUAUCUACCUGCUUAGAGACAAUAAAGCUACCAAGCUCUGGGCCAUGAUGAACAACCAAGGACCAGAAUGGCAUCUAGGAAGUAUUGACAUCAGAGUGUCUGGUCCAUUCCAAAUCAUAGUGGAGGGAAUUCGAGGCUCUAAUUAUCUAUCAGAUGUGGCCAUGGAUGACAUUUCCAUCCACUUUGGCUCUUGCUCAGGUAGCUUCCCUGACCUGGUUAGUGGAACGAAGCCUCCUUCCACAACUGUGGAAGUCCUCCCCUCACUCCCAAUCUGCAAUAUAGACUGUAGCUUCAACAACAACCUUUGUAGCUGGAAUCAGAUGGUGACAGAUGCUUUUGACUGGACAUGGAAAAGUGGUUACACCCCCACCCUGAUGACUGGGCCAUCUGCUGGCCACACUGGUGAUGGUCACUAUUUUUACAUUGAGGCCAGCAGUGUGACACAUGGAGACACAGCUCGUCUCAUCAGCUCUGAGUGUUCUGACUCUGGUCCUCAGUGUCUGCAGUUCUGGUAUCAUAUGUAUGGCUCAGCAGAUACAAUGGGCCUCCAUGUUUACCUGCUCCAGAACAGAUUAGCUGAUGCUGUUUGGUGGAAGAGAAAUGACCAGGGAAAUAUGUGGCACAUGGCUCAGGUGGACAUCACAACAACUGGGGCUUUCCAGGUCAUCAUUGAGGGGCGUAGAGGCUCCAACGAAGAGUCUGAUGUGGCAAUAGAUGAUGUAAAGCUUUAUCGUGGCCGAUGCUCUGAUGUGAGUGGUGUUGUGACAACAAGUCCUCCUAAGCCUGAUGGAAACACAACUCCUCCAAUUGUCCCUGUGCAAACUAGUGCAGCUCCAGAGCCUCCUGUGUUCAAUGCUACUGCUCAGCUCCCCGUUACAAUUAAGCCCCCUACAGCAAAUGUUACAAUACCUCCCACAGUGGAAUCACAAACCGACUUCAUUAAUGGGGAAAAUGUGACUGAAGCUCCAGAUAUUAGACCACCACCACACUCAGUAUGCCAACUCAACUGCAAUUUUGAACAAGAUCUAUGUCAGUGGAGUCAACUUCCUACUGAUGUUUUUGACUGGACAAGGUAUAGUGGCUCCACUCCUACUAUGAUGACUGGGCCUUCUUCAGAUCACACCACAGGAGGUGGCCACUAUCUUUACAUCGAAGGCAACAGCGCGUCACAUGGAGACACGGCUCGUCUCAUCAGCUCUGAGUGUUCUGACUCUGGUUCUCAGUGUCUGCAGUUCUGGUAUCAUAUGUAUGGCUCAGCAGAUACAAUGGGCCUCCAUGUUUACCUGCUCCAGAACAGAUUAGCUAAUGGUGUUUGGUGGAGGAGAAAUGACCAAGGCAAUAUGUGGCACAUGGCUCAGGUGGACAUCACAACAACUGGAGCUUUCCAGAUCAUAUUUGAGGGCCGAAGAGGUUCCAGCGAUCAGUCUGAUGUUGCCAUAGAUGAUGUAUCACUUCACCGUGGGCACUGUACAGUUGCAACAGUGGGUCCAGAGUUUAUUCCAGCGAACAGCUCAACUACUACACAACCACAAACGUCAACUUCAUCAAAACCACAGCCAACAACUACUUUUACAACAACAACAAAUCCUGAUAUCCUGACUACAAGACCACAGCUACCAAUAACACCAACACCAAUAACAACAACAACCACAACUGGACCCCAAAACACAGCUACACCUUACCCACCAACAACAGAGCACCCAGGAGUUGAAACUCCAGAGCAACCAGAACCUGAAAUGACAGCAAGACCAGAGCAACCAGGUACAUCUACUAAUGGACCCCCAACCACAGCCAGACCCUAUCCACCAACAACAGAGUACCCAGGAGUUGAAACUCCAGAGCAACCAGAACCUGAAAUGACAGCAAGACCAGAGCAACCAGGUACAUCUACUAAUGGACCCCCAACCACAGCCAGACCCUAUCCACCAACAACAGAGCACCCAGGAGUUGAAACUCCAGAGCAACCAGAACCUGAAAUGACAGCAAGACCAGAGCAACCAGGUACAUCUACUAAUGGACCCCAAACCACAGCCAGACCCUAUCCACCAACAACAGAAUACCCAGGAGUUGAAACUCCAGAGCAACCAGAACCAGAAUUUACAGGAAAACCUCAAAUGACAGCACAAACAGAGCAACCAGGUACAUCUACUAAUGGACCCCCAACCACAGCCAGACCCUAUCCACCAACAACAGAGCACCCAGGAGUUGAAACUCCAGAGCAACCAGAACCUGAAAUGACAGCAAGACCAGAGCAACCAGGUACAUCUACUAAUGGACCCCCAACCACAGCCAGACCCUAUCCACCAACAACAGAGCACCCAGGAGUUGAAACUCCAGAGCAACCAGAACCAGAAUUUACAGGAAAACCUCAAAUGACAGCACAAACAGAGCAACCAGGUACAUCUACUAAUGGACCCCCAACCACAGCCAGACCCUAUCCACCAACAACAGAGCACCCAGGAGUUGAAACUCCAGAGCAACCAGAACCUGAAAUGACAGCAAGACCAGAGCAACCAGGUACAUCUACUAAUGGACCCCCAACCACAGCCAGACCCUAUCCACCAACAACAGAGCACCCAGGAGUUGAAACUCCAGAGCAACCAGAACCUGAAAUGACAGCAAGACCAGAGCAACCAGGUACAUCUACUAAUGGACCCCAGACCACAGCCAGACCCUAUCCACCAACAACAGAAUACCCAGGAGUUGAAACUCCAGAGCAACCAGAACCUGAAUUUACAGGAAAACCUCAAAUGACAGCACAAACAGAGCAACCAGGUACAUCUACUAAUGGACCCCCAACCACAGCCAGACCCUAUCCACCAACAACAGAGCACCCAGGAGUUGAAACUCCAGAGCAACCAGAACCUGAAAUGACAGCAAGACCAGAGCAACCAGGUACAUCUACUAAUGGACCCCCAACCACAGCCAGACCCUAUCCACCAACAACAGAGCACCCAGGAGUUGAAACUCCAGAGCAACCAGAACCUGAAAUGACAGCAAGACCAGAGCAACCAGGUACAUCUACUAAUGGACCCCCAACCACAGCCAGACCCUAUCCACCAACAACAGAGCACCCAGAAGUUGAAACUCCAGGGCAACCAGAACCAGAAUUUACAGGAAAACCUCAAACAACAGCAAGACCUGAACAAACGGCUACAUCUAAUAAAUCCCCAACCACAGAAAGCCAUGUGCCUACAGCUGGAUCACAACCAACAACAACAACUAGACCACAACCCCCAACUGAAACUCAGCCAGAGCCACAAACCACAGUGAGACCACAACCACAAACCACAGUGAGACCACAACCACCAACCACAGUGAGACCACAACCUCCAACCACAGUUAAACCAAAACCCACAACAGCCACACCACAGCCCACAACAACAGUUGGACCACAACCUACAAGAACCAAUAAACCACAUUCAACAACAGGUAGACCUAGGCCUACAACUACAGCCACACCACAAUCUACAACGACAGCCAGAACACAACCUCCAACUACACAUGGACCAACACCCUCUUGCCCAAAGAACAGUCAUUACACCACAUGUGUCCAGCCAUGCAGUCCAACCUGCACACAACUGAAUGGACCACCAGGCUGCAGCAACAAUGAGGGUUGUGUGAAGGGAUGUGUUUGUGAUGAAGGCUUUGUGCGUAAAUUGAGGGUUUGUGUGCCUAUCCAACAAUGUGGAUGUGUGGACAAGAAUGGCACCAGCCAUCGUUUCAAUGAAGUGUGGUACACCAAUCACUGCAGUCAGAAGUGUGAAUGUGAGAAAGACCAUGGCGUGGGGAAGAUUGACUGCGAUGACAAAGAUGAGUGCGAUGGAAAUGCUGUCUGCCUUCAAAAUGAGGAAGGACAUUAUUACUGCCAGUCUACAGGCUUCCAUGAAUGCACUAUCAGGGGAGACCCUGAGUACAGAACAUUUGAUAAAAUGAAGCAUGACUUUGACGGUGAGCACUCAUAUGUGCUGGUCCGGACCAACAACUUGCCAAAUGACCUUCCACAUGUUUACAUCGAGGGCAUCAAUACCGUACAUGAUGACGAUGAUAGUCAGCAUCAUGGUGACAGUAGCAGUGAAGAAGACCACAGCCACAGUGUGAGCGAUGAAGAUGAUGAAGAUGAUGAAGAUGAUGAAGAUGAAGAUGAUAGUGAUGAAGAUGGUGAUGAUAGCAACCAUGAUGACGACAGUGAAAAUAAUAAGGAACACCACAGAUUACAAGAGCUUAAGAUUCGAGUGUACGAUCACACUGUGGUAUUCAGGAAGAAUCGGAGGCUGGUCGUGGAUGGAAGGAAAACCAAUACUCCCGCCUCACCAACGGCUGGUCUAAAGAUCUGGGAGCAUUCCUCUCGCAUCUACCUGAAGACCGACUUUGGCCUCUCAGUGGAGUUUGAUGGACACAGCAGAGCAGAGAUCAUUCUACCACACUUAUAUAAAAGUAAGGUGGGGGGUCUGUGCGGGAACUUUGACGGCUACAAAGUGAAUGACUGGAUGAAGCCAGAUGGUACCAGGGCCAAGAGCAUUAAAGAGUUUGGAGAGAGCUGGAGAGUGUGAAUAUCAGAUGGAUGUAAGGAUGAGACAUGGCACUUAAAAAUACCACGUGUAGGCUUUAGACCACUAGCAGAAACAUCAAUGUGGCAGUUAACAAGAAAUCCGACAGAAUUAAAGCUGAUGAAUCUUUUCAUUUGAAAAAGUAUCCUCUCUCAAAACUAAACUGCCCAAAAAAGACCUGGCAUAAACAAGUCCAGUGGUCUCCAGCUCAUCAGGACAAUAAAUACAGAACGAUGGAAACUUUUCAACUGCUUUUAUAGUGAAGGCUCUUAGAAGGCUUCGCCUAUACCAAUAUAAUCUGGAGUUACAAUACGUAACUAACGCUUCCUACUGAACUCACAUCAUUCAUCAAAUUUUUGAAAAAGGUGAAAAUCUCAAACAUCUUUGCUUAUUCAGGAUCUCUUUGAACUCUGUGGCAAUAUAUCAGACUCAUGUUUGUGCCAUCGCCAAGCAAACAGCUGUGCAUAUGCUUUAUAAAAAAUUCUGAUUAUGGAUGACUACAUGGGAUUAUUUAUCACUAUCCGUUAAACUCAAGGUGCAAUAAAUGAUUAUACAAUAUGUUGCUUGCGCUUGGUCAUACUGUGUAUUUGAAUGUCAGUGCAUUGGUAGGGUUUCUAUUGAAUCUUCAUUGUUCCAAUAAACAUGCACUGU